GAUGACGGUAUAACUGGGGCCUGAGGGAGCCUGCCGGUUGAUUGAGGGAAGGAAGGAGCCGAUACAGGCAGCAGUGAGAAUGGUUUGCGGCGGCUUCACUUGUUCCAAGAAUGCACUCAUCGCUUUAAAUGUGGUGUACAUACUUGUUGGACUGUUACUUAUCGGAGUAGCAGCAUGGGGCAAAAGUUACGGCAUUGUUUCCAGUAUAAACGUCAUUGGUGGAGUCAUUGCUGUGGGAGUCUUCCUGCUUCUUAUAGCUGUUGUCGGACUCAUCGGAGCAGUCAGUCACCAUCAGGUCAUGCUGUUCUUUUACAUGGUUAUUUUAUUUCUGGUCUUUGUGAUUCAGUUUGGAGUCUCCUGCUCAUGCCUGGCUCUCAACCGAAGUCAACAGGAGCACCUGCUAAAGUUGACCUGGAACAGAAUGUCAAAUACAACCAGACAGGAUCUAGAACAGCAGCUGAAUUGCUGUGGAUUUAUGAAUGAUACAGAGAAUAUUGCCACCUACAUGACAGAUUAUUCAUUGUGUAAAAUGCCCUGCAAACAAACUAGUUGUAAAAUUUGUGGUAAUGUCAUGCUGACACAUUCUCGCCAGGCUCUGAGGAUCCUGGGUGGAGUGGGACUUUUCUUCAGCUUCACUGAGAUCCUUGGAGUUUGGCUAGCUAUGCGAUUUAGGAACCAGAAGGACCCUCGAGCAAACCCUAGUGCCUUUUUGUAGAACCCUCCCCUUUCUCUGCACUCUUAUGACCGUUGUAUCCUCUAGCUGCUAGUCAAAAAUUACCUUUCCCAGGGAUUAUUUUCAUUGAAGCUCACAUGGCUACAGAAGGCAGAAGAAGAAUGUCCACAUACCUUCACUAAUGCAUGAUGGGAUGGAGCAAAUUGGCCAGACUGCAUGAAUUAUUGAGAUGCCACAGCUGACGAGAGUGACAUUUGGGCUGUAUUAAGUGCUCAAUCCUUGAUGUGAAGCCCCUGGUUAUGUGGUUAUAUUUGAGUGUAAGAACCAGAACUUGAAAAAUGUGUGCAAAGUGUUGAAAUAAUUUUUAAAAUUAAUCUGGAGCUCACUGAUUCUUCAUGAUAAACGGUCAGAUUUGCCAGACUGAUAAUACAUAAUUACGACUGGUACUAAUGUUAAGCCAGUUUUUAGGCUUGUUAACGGAAGGGGGGAAAUUGAGGGCAGGAGAGAAACUCCUUUUAAAUAAAUGUUUUAAUUGAUUGAAAGAGCCUUUUUAUUCUACAGAACUUUUACAAGGAAUGCUUGUCACAAUCAUCAGUUUAAACGUGAUAACUUUUUAAGUUUUUAAUUUGCGAUAGGGGAAUCAGUCUGAGCAGCUGUACUGAUUCAAAUUCUCAAAGCAUGUGCAGCUUCAGUGGCUACACGUUAGUCAAAGCAGAAGCUAACUUUCCACCUUAUCCACAUAUGCUCUGGUUGGUGCUUCACAAGGGGCAUGACUGAUAUCCUGGCCAGCCUGGGAGUUGCACUUCUCUGCUAGCUUGUCUGUGGGACAGCCACAGGUUUGUAGAGCCACUCGAUCUAGCAAUUGCAAGUGAGCAGAAUGCCUUUGAAACAGGGUCAGGGUAGAGGUGGGUGGUGGUGGAGGGAGGGAAAGAGAAUAAAUGUGAAGAGUUAAAUUGAAAUAAUUAUUUUCAAGUCCUGGUUCAGACUGUCAUAAUGGCUCAUGUCCAUUUUCAACUGUCUGGUUUAGUGUUUAAAAUAUAGUUAUGCCAAUGAUCAUAAUAGUUCCAGAUUUUUGUCAUUCUUCCUAAUUCUUUAAGGGAGCAUUCUAAAGAUGUAUAAAGCCAUGUUUUGAUUCUGUCAAAGUUGAGGCUAGACUGCCACCUCUUCCUGUUGUACAAACUAUGUUCCACGCACAACUAGAAUGUAAGGGGAUGGAGGAAUAUCUUUUCUCAAGUUAUGAACAAACUACAGCAUCAGUAUUAUAAGAACCCUACACUGUAAGUAAUUGAGCUAAUAAAUGACACCAUCCAGUCUAAAACCCUGGUUGGGAAAUGUCUGCUGCCUUCACCUCUCUUCACAUGUGCCACCAAUUUGUAUUUGCAUAAUGUCCAUACUCAAGUAGAUAAAUGCAAUCACCAAACCGCUGGCAAUCUGAACCCCUUCAAUUAACAUAGGUCUGCUUUAAUUCUUUAAAUUUCUCAGUUAAAAAUAAGACCCUGUGUAAACGUUUUCAAUUUUCUUUUUCACUGAGCAGUUGGGGUAGAAAGGAAGCAAAUCAGGAGUCAAGUCUUCAGAUUUUGGAUAUUGAUAGCUCACUUGUUCAUGCAAAAAUGACCUUGGCCUCUUGUUCAUCAGUGAAGUGAAAAGGGAGCCCAGUGAUUGACCUUUUGCUAACUACACAAUAGAAGUUAGUGCAGGAUGUGAUCUUCAGCUGUGUCCACAUGUUGCCAACCCAAACACCUGUUCAAAGCCAGUUGGUUGGCAUUGUAGUUUGAGAAUUCAUUGCCACCAUGAGGAGGGGGAUGAUUCCAUGCAUGUAUCUGAAUUAGUUAUAACAUGAGUUGUAUAGGUAACUACACUGCAAGCUGGAUCCAUGCAAGGAUUAGAGGUAUAAAAAUAACCUGUGCUAAUUAGGUGUACAGUACCAUUUGGACUUGGGAGUGCACAUUGUUACAUGCUGUUUGGAAAGUGCCCAGUUGGCUUUUUACCAACAUUAUUAACAAAAUAUUAAAUGAAUGUUGUGUGGAUGAAUGAAUGUUAAAUAUUCCUUUGUGUGUGUGUGUAUGUGUGUAUAUAUAUAUAAUAUAUACACACAUAUAGAGAGUAACCAUUAUGGUAAUGAAGUGGUUAUGUUACUGAACCAGUAAUUCCAAAGCUUGGCUAAUAAUUCACCAUGGUAGUUAGAGAAUCUGAAUUCAGUUUUUUAAAGUCUCAAAAUAAGGCACUUUCAGUAAAAGUGAUCACAAAGCUGUCAUUUUUUUUAAAAAACUGGUUCACUAAUGUAUAUUUUAGGGAUGGAAACCUGCUGUCUUCCUUGCUGAGGCCUCUGUGAUUCUUAUCUAACCUCAGCAGUAGCUAAGCAGACCACUUGGUGCUACAUGUAGCAGUUCAAUGCGGCAAGCCACCACCACCACCCAGUACAAGUUGAGAUGGGCAAUAAAUCGCCCUGAGAAUGAAUUUUUAAAAAAAAAACUUGCAAUAAUUGUUAAUCCUCCAUUAAGGAUGUGUACAAAUUGCAAGAAGUGUCCUAUGUCCUCAUGGGUAUUCUGUACUGUUUUAGUAAUGAAAUUAUACGUUAAAUGCUUGAACAGUUCAGUCAUCAGAAUAUUUUGAUACUAAGCUUGAUCCUCUGCUGAAUAUUCAUUAAGGUAUAUAUUUCUAAUUUGUAUACAUAUUUAAGAUUAUCAAUUUUUUUGCCAAAAGUGAAACUGUCAUCUUUGAGGGAUGACAUGUUAGCUUGAAAUUCAAAUGUACAUAGCUUGAAAUUCAAAUGUACAUUGAUAUUAAACUACCAAUCCCCACCUCCACCCAAUCCACAGAGCUGGGCUGUCUAUCUCUUGGCUUGGAAAUGUGUGUGAUUGAAGCUAAUUUUCCUCAUUGUAUUUUGUAAGGAUACUCUAUACUGGGUGAGAGUUCUGUGCACUCCUGAUUUUUUUUCUCUAAUUCAAAACACUUAUCUCUAUAGCAGGGACAUGUAGCCAUGGAGAGAAUCCAGCAGAGGGCACAAAGGAGAUAGUUGGGGUAUUACUUAUGUUGGCAUUGAGUUGUAUUAGUGGAUUUGGAAAGUUUAAUGUUGCCUUUUUAACUCCCAAGGCGCAAUUAGUUCCUGGGAGGAAAGGCGUCUCAUUAGGUAAGGGGGUUGAGAUUGCCAAAUGCGUGCGGAGGUUGUAUAUGGUUUGGUUGACAUUUAUCCUACAAACAUUUGUGGAACAGCCUCUUGUGGCACAAGGGGUGAAUUUUCUUUUGCCAACUUGAAUAGUUUAAGCGGUUCUGGAAAUGUGGGUAGAAUCAAAUAUGUAGUGUUGUGCCUCAGUAGCUGCAGGCUCUUUUGACUUAUCUGCCAGAGGGAAGGAAUUAGUGGAACUUCUCUGCAAGUGUUUGUACUGUGUUUUUAGGAUGACAUUUUAAUUUAGAUGUACUUUAAACUUGGUUGCUAAGAAUUUGUAAUGGUACCAACAACCUGUUCAGACAGACUGUCCUAUUCUAAGGACAACCCUUGUGUAUUUUAAAUGAUUGUGGAAAAUUUAAAGCUGGAUUUCAGGCCAACAUAUACAUGACAUUAAAAUGUUUUAUUGUAUAAAAAGUGAAAACAAACUUCUGCAAUAAAUGCUUUACUAAUUCAUGAA